CACACACACCUCUGCAGUCAUGGCGAGCGGUGCGCUGGAGAUCGUGGGAAUGUGCGUGACCAUAAUCGGCCUCAUCGGGGUCUCGGCCAGCACUGGGAUGCCCAUGUGGCGCGUGACCGCGUUCAUCGGAGAAAACAUCAUCGUGAUGGAGACCCGCUAUGAGGGACUGUGGAUGAACUGCUACCGGCAGGCCAACAUUCGGAUGCAGUGUAAAGUGUACGACUCCCUGCUGGCGCUCACUCCGGAUCUCCAGGCCGCUCGAGGACUCAUGUGUACCUCCGUGGCUUUGACUGGUGUGGGUUUACUGAUCGCUAUUGUUGGGAUGAAAUGCACGGCAUGCAUUCAGGACAACGAUCGGGCCAAGCGAAUGGUUCUGAUUAUCAGUGGAUGCAUGAUCCUUGCCGGAUGCUUCUGCUGCCUGAUUCCUGUCUCCUGGACUGGGAAUGCCAUUAUUCGGGACUUCUAUAAUCCACUGCUCAUAGACGCUCAGCGUAGGGAACUAGGGGAGGCUUUGUAUAUCGGAUGGGUGUCAUCUGCGUUCUUGUUUGCCGGAGGAUGCAUCUUCAUAUGCUGCAGUGGUUCUCUAGACAAGGGUCCGGAUCCAAAGUAUAUGUACUCCAGGAAUGCACCUGCUCCAUAUGUGGCCUACCAGCCUCAACCUGUGGCCUACCACCCGCAGCCACGGUCAGUGUACAGCCCGUCCGGCCCACCGUCAUUCAUUGAGCAAUCAUACCAACCAUCCAGACAGCAGUCCUUCAUUCAGCCUUCCAGACAGCAGUCGUUCAUACAGCCCUCUCGUCAUCCAUCCGCCCGCAGCGCUGUGGCUUAUCUCUGAAAUCCAGCAGGACUGUGUAUUUGCAUUUGUGGUUAUGUGCAAGCAUGUUUGUGUGUGUUUUAGAGAAAUGAAUGGGACUUCUCUUAAAAGAAAAAAAAAAAAAAGUCUAUUAAAAUAACUUGGAAGAUAGUCGUACAUUUCAUUUUCGAGAUUAUUUUUGGGAAAAAAACUAACAUUACAUUUCUAAUUCUGCUUUUUGAAGCACAUGAAAGACUGAAAGAUGAGAGAAAAUGGAGAAAAGUACUACGUGGAGCAGAAAAUGGAACAUUUUAAAUGGCUUUAUGUGUAACAACAUUGGAGCUAUUUCUUUUUUUUUCUUGUUUCAAUGUUCUGGACACAUUUUUAAUGCAUUUCUACUUUUAACAAAAGAGAAACAAACAUUUUUUAAGAAGUUUUAGAAACACAUGUAACAUUUCAAAUGGAUUUAGAUGUAGCAAAGUUAGUCAUGCAUUGCAUUUUCCUUGUUUUGUUUUUUUCUUUGGAUUGUUUCUGGCAACUUUUAAGUGUUGCUUCUACUUUGUUUUAAAUAGAAGCAAGUUAAUAACUGUGACAGAUGAAGAAUUGUUUGAAAUAUUUUUAAUUGUCAUUUUAAAGUACAGAUCACUUCUCAGGAUGUUGUCAAGUGUUACUUGAGGUAUUUUUGACUGAAAACUGCUCUCUAAAUAAUGCUGGGUUAUUGUAAACCAAUGGUUUCGAACUCAAUUCCUGGAGGGUCACAUCUUUGUAUAGUUUAACAAAACUGUGCAGAGGUGCGGCCCUCCAGGAGUUUAAGACCUAUGUUUUAAACCAACCUUUGGUCAAAUAUGGACAGACCCAAAUAGUAUGAUAGAAAAUGUGUUAUUUAGUUAAACAUGAACCCAAGGUUGGGUUUGUCCAUUUGUAAUCAUAAUGUUGGGUGAUUUUAGAGUCUAAGACUACAAACUAAAGUUGUUUCAUAUUCAUAUGUCAUGUUUUUUUUUUUUUUUGUUGUUGUAAAUAUCAAAGCACAAAAUAAUGUAAUGAUUUAAUUAAUUAAAUAAAUUGAAAUAACCUU